UCAGACACUCACACAGACACACACUCAGACACUCACACAGACACACUCACACAGACACACACUCAGACACUCACACAGACACACUCACACUCAGACACUCACACAGAGAGUGAGAGACGGAGUGACCAAUACUCUAGGGCAGAGGGACCCGGUCGGGUCUCCACCCCGACACCGCGAGAAGGCAGCCUGCGAGGAGGUGGACGAGGUGGACGAGGUCGAGACGCCAGGAGCCACCACAUGUGUACCCCGCUGCACGUGGCCGUGCUGCUGCUGCUGCUGCUCCUCCCGUCCACGCUGGUCGCCCAGGUGGACAUCGGGCUCUGUCGCUAUGCCCUGGGGAUGCAGGAUGGCAGCAUCCGUGAUGAGGACAUCUCUGCCUCGAGCGAGUGGUACGAAUCGACCGGGGCGCGGUUCGCCAGGCUGAACCUGGAAGGCGGCGACGGAGCGUGGUGCGCUGACGGCCCCGUCAGCCCGCAGCACUCCCAGUUCCUCCAGGUGGACCUGCGGCGCCUCCACGUCGUCACGCUCGUCGGCACGCAGGGUCGCCAUGGCAACGGCCUCGGCAACGAGUUCGCGAGGGCCUACCGCCUCGAGUACAGCCGCGACGCGCACCGAUGGCUGCCGUGGAGGGACCGCCGCGGCAACCAGGUGAUCCAGGGCAACGUGAACACACAGGACGUGGUGCUCAAGGACCUGGGGCCCGCGCUCGUCGCUCGCUUCGUGCGCUUCGUCGCCGUCACCGACCGCGCCAUGAGCGUCUGCAUGCGCGUCGAGCUCUAUGGCUGCCCCUGGGCUGACGGACUCGUCUCCUAUUCGGCCCCCGAGGGCGAGACGCUCCUCCUGCCCUCCCUGGGGCCCGCCAACCUCAACGACUCCACUUACGACGGUUUCAUCGCCUCCCGGCAGAUGUACGGCGGUCUCGGCCAGCUGACCGACGGCGUCUGGGGCCUCGACGAUUUUGCGCUGAGCCCCGAGCACCGCGUGUGGCCGGGCUACGACUACGUCGGCUGGAGCAACGUCAGCCUCAGCCUGCCCUACCUGCUCAUGCACUUCGAGUUCGACGAGCCCCGAAACUUCUCAGCCAUGAAGGUCCACUGCAACAACAUGUUCCAGAGCGGCGUGCAGACGUUCCGCGAGGCUCGCUGCUUCUUCCGCCGCUCCGCCAGUGACGAGUGGGAGGGUGGCGGCGGCGGUGGCGGUGAGGAGGAGGAGGAGGAGGUGGGCGUGGGGCUGGUGGUGGAGCCGGACACGGCCGACCCGCGCGCACGCUUCAUCACCGUUCCGCUUCGCCAGCGCAACGCCAUCGCCAUCAAGUGCCACUUUUACCUGGGCGCCGCGUGGCUCCUCAUCAGCGAGAUUUCGUUCCACUCGGACCGGAGCCAGGAGCCCGUGUCACGGGCCCCGCCCCCCCCCACUCCCCCACGGGGGGGGGCCCGCAGCACCCCACCGCCCCCACCGCCCGCCCCGCCAGGGGGGGGCCUCCCGCCCUCACGGCGGCCCCCUAGCACGCGAGGGCCGGAGGCCACGAGCCGUCCGCACGGCACGAGGGUGCCGGGCGCGCCGGGGGCGACGCUGUCCGGGCGGCCCGUGGACACGGCCGACGAGAGCGCUCCCGUGCUCGUCGCCUGCCUCGUCGCCAUCAUCCUCCUCCUCGUCGUCAUCAUCGCGCUCAUCCUCUGGCGGCACAACUGGAGGAAGCUCCUCGAGAAGGCCCCGCGCGCCAUGCUGGAUGACGGCAUGACAGUGCGCCUGUCGGUGCCGUGUGACACGGUGAUGUUCAACGGGCGCUCGCUGCAGCGCCUCGGCUCGGCCCUGCCGCAGACGCUGCCGCCCGGCUACCGUGAGCCGGGCCCGCGGGCCACGCGCCGGCUGCUGCACACGGAGCGCCAGCUGGAGCACGCAGAGGGCGGCGGCUGCCGCGACUGUGGGGACUACGCGGAACCGGAGCUGCCGACGUGCGACGGCGCCCAGCACUACGCCGUGGCCGACAUCCUGGACAUGCAGGGUGUGACGGGCAGCAGCGCCUACGCCGUGCCCGCGGUGCCGGGAGACGCGGCGGCUGUGCCGGGCCACCUCGAGGUGCCGGGCCACCACGAGGUGCCGGGCCACCACGAGGUGCCGGGCCACCACGUGGCGCGGCUCCUCGAGGUGCCGCGUGAGACGCUGCGCGUGCGGGAGAAGCUGGGGGAGGGGCAGUUCGGAGAGGUGCUGCUGUGCGAGGCCGUGGGGCUGCCGCGGUGCGUGGACGAUGACGAGGUGGAGGAGGUGGAGGAGCGCGACGAGGGAGGCACGAGGGGGGGGCCACCGCAGCCCACACUCGUCGCUGUCAAGAUGCUGCGGGAAGACGCCUCGAGCAGCGCCAGGAGCGACUUCCUGAAGGAGAUCAAGACGAUGUCGCGGCUGCGCGACGCUCACGUCGUGCGGCUCGUGGGCGUGUGCCUGCGCGACGAGCCGCUCUGCAUGCUCGCCGAGUACAUGGAGAACGGAGACCUGCAUCACUUCCUGUCGGCACACCGCUGGGAGGGACAGGGCCCCGGGCCCACGCUCAGCGUGGUGGAGGUGCUGCUCAUGGCCGUGCAGGUGGCCGCCGGCAUGUCCUACCUGGCGUCGCUCAACUUCGUGCACCGCGACCUGGCAUCGCGCAACUGCCUCGUGGGGCCGGGGCACACCAUCAAGAUCGCCGACUUCGGCAUGAGCCGCCACCUCUACAGCAGUGACUACUACCGCAUCCAGGGCCGCGCCGUGCUGCCCAUCCGCUGGAUGGCCUGGGAGAGCGUGCUUCUGGGCAAGUUCACGACAGGCUCAGACGUGUGGGCGUUUGGUGUCACGCUGUGGGAGCUGCUGUCACUCUGCCAAGAGCAGCCGUACGGUGGCCUCACCGACGAGCUGGUCAUCGAGAACGCCGGGGAGCUCUUCCGCGACAACGGCCGUCAGAUGUACCUGUCUCAGCCGCCCGCCUGCCCCACUGCCGUCUACGACCUCAUGCUGCGGUGCUGGCGCCGGGAGUCGCUGGACCGGCCGACUUUCCCGCAGAUCCAGAGCUUCCUAGCCCAAGAGGCCUCCUAGCCCAAGAGGCCUCCUAGCCCAAAGAGGCCUCCUAGCCCAAGAGGCCCCCUAGCCCAAGAGGCCUCCUAGCCCAAGAGGCCUCCUAGCCCAAAGAGGCCUCCUAGCCCAAGAGGCCUCCUAGCCCAAGAGGCCUCCUAGCCCAAGAGGCCUCCUAGCUCAAGAGGCCUCCUAGCCCAAGAGGCCUCCUAGCCCAAGAUGCCUCCUAGCGCCGCCGCCGCUGCUGCCACGGCGAUGCGAUGGCGUUCAUCCCAGAAACUUCUGUGCAUUUGUCUAUAAUACCUUGGCCCGAGACCAGCUGACUCGUCACUCACACAUUCAGAGCCCUUGCAAUAAACUCGCGUGCUUUCUGCUAUCAUCCAUUAUUAUUAUUAUUACUACUACGACUACGUAUGGAAGGGAUGAUGUAUGGAAGGGGGGACUGGAUGUAUGUACGUUGAACGUCUUUCGCAGCGUGGGUAGCUGACCGCGCUAAUCAGAGGUGUGUGUGUGGGGGGGGGGGAAGGGCCACAAACUAAACCAGUUCUGAUGAUUAUUAUCGUCGUCAGUUAAAACGAAAUAUACGUGUGCAAAUGUAAAUAUUGUAAAGUGUGCAUCGGGACCUCGCGAAGAAAAUGUGAAGAUGAUAAAAAAUAUCAGACGUCGGGGGUGGGGUAGGGGAGAGCGAGUAAGAAGUGGGUAUUUUUGUAUCGAACCUGUAAUGUGCAUGCAGACCGCAGCGUGUAAUCUAACGUCGCCACACAGCACAACGCACGCACACCUGGACCGUCUCCCGACGUGCACGCAAACCUUUUAUAAACGCACGAGAGGCACGUUCUAAACCUGUAUAUAACCUCUCCCUUGCGCUGCGUCAUGUAGCUUUAUUGGUUUAAAAAAUAAAAUAAACAUAUUUAAA